GGUUCUACUGUACCUACAAAACAUCUUAUCCUCAUGUUCAACAAGCCAACAUUGCCAUCUUCUGUUGCAGCAGGAUAUCUCUGUUGCCCAGUUCACCCGUACAUCCCAAACCCGCUGCGUUGCUUUAAAUGCCAGCGGUUUGGACAUUCACAAACAUCUUGCCGUGGAAAAAGUGCAUGCGCUCAGUAUGGAAAAGAAGAUCAUGACAGUACUGAGUGUACAACUACUCCAUGUUGCAUCAACUGCAAAGACGCCCAUCCUGCCUACUCUCGGAAAUGCCCUGCAUGGCAGAGAGAGAAAGAGAUUCAGCGGGUAAAAACUGUAAACAAUUUAUCUUACCCAGAGGCUCGGCGUUUGGUUACUUCAAGUGCUCCUUUGAAAGAAAAGACAUUUGCGGCUGCUGUGAAGUCUACAAAGACACUUGGGGUUCAAACUGAUAUUUCUGUUUCCCCAAAGGAAUCUGUUACUCGCCAUGCAAAAUGUUUAAUACUCCCAUCACAAAAAACACCAGAAAAGGAGAAUACAAGAGUUAAAACACCCCUACCUAAAACAGGGGUAGUAACGAGAAACCUGGGUUCUAAAAAGGCUAGCAAGAACCCACUAAACAAACAGAGUGAAAGCAGCUCUCUCUAAAUGUAAAAAAUCAGAAGCUCACUCUAUGAGUGAGUUUUCUGAUAUCUCUGACGAAGAGACUAAUAUGCAGGUGACAAAACCAACGUCACCCCCAAAAGAAAAACCCCCUGUCAAAUUAAAGAGGGAUACCAUUACUAAAAAUGCUGCCUCAAACACAUAAUGGAUUAUAAAAUAACCCAAUGGAACUGUCGUGGUUUCCGCAACAACUUCUCUGACGUUAAACACUUGACAUCAUCUACCCAAUCUCUCUGCGUCGCAUUCCAGGAAACCCAUCUGAAACCUGGAGAAAAUAUUUCUUUAAAAGGAUUCGAUCUCUACCGCAAGGAUGAUGAUAGCCACAACCGUGCCAGUGGAGGUGUGGCUAUACUGGUUUCAAACCGCAUCCCAUCCUUACCGGUACAAAUAACAACUGAUUUGCAAGCUGUGGCAGUCAGAAUUUCAAUUGGAGUAACUGUCACAGUUUGUUCUAUAUACUUGCCCCCAGAAGUCAGAGUCAAUGAGGAUGAAUUGGAUUCAUUAGUUGAACAGCUGCCAACUCCAUUCCUUUUACUGGGUGAUUUCAAUGGCCACAAUCCUAUGUGGGGCAGUCCCGAUAUCAAUCGUCGAGGCAGAGCCAUCGAAAGAUCUAUCGGCAAUCAGCAAAUCUAUUUAUUUAAUACUGGAGAAGUGACAUACUUCCAUGCUCCAGCAAGGACAUUUACUGCUAUUGAUCUCUCCUUAGCAAGCCCAAACUUGUUUUCAGCAUUUUCAUGGGAGGUUGGAUCUAAUCCACUCUCUAGCGACUACUUCCCAAUAUUUCUAAAAUACCAAGGCAGAGAAAGCAGUGAAACAGCCCAUCCACCACGCUGGAAACUUGAAACGGCAGAUUGGCCUGCAUUCUCCUCUUUGGCUAACAUCACUGAGGAAAUGGUCAAUACUGCAGAUAUCAAUGAUGCAGUUGAGUUUGUCACUUCCAGUAUCAUUCAGGCAGCAGAAAAAACAAUGGGGAAAACAUCAACUAGAUAUCCAAAACAUCCUAAACCAUGGUGGAACCAGAAUUGUGAGGCAGCAUUUAAAGCACAAAAGAAAGCAUGGGGGAUUUUUAGAAGAUACCCCACUGCUGAAAAUUUGGUUGCUUUU